AUGCCCAUGCUCAUUGGCAGCCGGCUCGGCAGUGUGCAGUGCUCCCUCUGCCUGACCAGCACCUACUGCUUUGUUCUCGACAGCUCAUACUACGAGGAGGUUAAAGAGGGCUGGUCAUAUCUAGCACCUGAAGAAGCAACGGAAGUAUCGACUGGUCUGAAGGUAAUCAGGCUGGGCACUAUUGAUGUUAAUGACGUUCAUAUGAGGAUGUUCGACACAAAUGCAACAUCGGCAUCGCAGGAAGAGAAUGUCCUUAAGAGAAAGUCAGAUGAUGUGGGAUGGGAGUACGGGAGUCUAGCUGAUGCUUCCAACAAGGAUAAAGUGAAGUGUAUGUUCUGUAACCAUGUGAGCACGGGAGAUGUUUAUCGUCACAAGCAGCAUGUGGCUCAUAUUGGUAAUGAUGUGGUCAAAUGCAGGAAAAGCUCUCAGGAAGCUAAAGACAGGUGCAAGAAAUCUCUUGAGGAUGCAUCUAAUAAGAGGAGAUGGGUGUACAAUCAUGCUAUACCAUUCAAUGCUUGUGACAACGAUGAUUUCAAGUUAAUGUGUGAAGCCAUUGGGAGGUUUGGCCCUGGAUUUGAGCCGCCAUCUAAACAUGACCUUCGAGAGACUUUGCUGAGUGAGGAACAUGCAAGAGUGAAGAGUUUGCUGCAAGAACGUGAUGCUGAAAAGAUGAAGAAUGGCUACUCCAUUAUGACUGAUGCUUGGUCAGAUAGGAAGAGGAGAGGCAUAAUGAACUUGUGCACAAACAGUGAUGAUGGUUCUAGUUUUAUAAGGUCGAGUGAGAUGUCGGCUGUAUCGCACACAAGUGAAGUCAUCUUCCAAUUAGUGGAUGAAGCAAUUGAAGAAGUAGGUCAUGAAAAUGUGGUCCAAGUAGUGACUGAUAAUGCUUCUAAUAACAUGGGGGCAAAGAAGAUGUUGUUGGAGAAGCAGCCGAACAUGUUUUGGAGAUCUUGUGCGACACACACCAUUAGCUUGAUGUUGCAAGGAAUUGGCGGUCUGCCAAGGUUUAGUAAGGUACUUGAAAAAUCAAAAGCAUUCACUAUCUUUGUCUAUGGGCACACACGGACGUUGGACUGCAUGAGACACUUCUCUUCAGGGAAAGAAAUCAUAAGGCCAGGGGUCACUAGGUUUGCUUCUGCUUAUCUAACUUUGGAAAGCCAUCUAGACAAAAAGGAUCAACUGUGGAAGAUGGUGGUUGAUGGUAGAUGGGACAAACUAAGAGAAGUUAAAUCAAAAAAGGGAAAGAUAGCAACAGCUACGAUGAUGAGCAUGUCUUUUUGGAAAGAUUUGAAGCUUUGCCUGAAUGUCUUUGAGCCUUUGGUAAAAAUCCUUCGUUUGGUUUAUGGGGAUGUCAAGCCAUCUAUGGGUUUUGUCUAUGGAGAAAUAGUGAAGGCAAAGCAAGAGAUCAAGGAAGUCUAUGGCAAUGUGGAGUCACGUUACAAAGAUGUGAUUAAUAUUGUUGAGAAAAAGAUGAAAGAUCGACUUGACUCUCCGUUGCACUUGGUUGCAUACUUACUGAAUCCAUAUUAUAGCUAUGCUGAUACUAAUAUUUUUGAUGAUGGGACAAUAACCGAAGGAUUCAUUAGCUGUGUGGAGACCUUUUAUUAUGGUGAUGAUGAAAAGCAAGAUCAAGCUGUCAAUUUUGAAUUAAAGAGAUUCCAGAAUAGAGAAGGAUCAUUUGCAAAGAAGCUUGCGAGGAGUUGUCAGAAUUUUGAUUAUAAUGCAGCAUCUUGGUGGAGGCUCUAUGGAACUGAAGCACCAGCUCUACAAAGGAUCGUUGUGAGAAUCCUCUCAUUGACCUCAAGUUCUUCGAUUCAUACAAAGAAAAGAAAUAGGCUAACUACGGAACGUCUAAACUCUCUUGUGUUCAUACAAUUCAACUCGAGAAUGAUGGCCAAGAAACAAAUGAUCAAGGAGAAGAAGAUCAUUGAUGUCCUCUUAUCCACUGAAACUACCGAAGCUCAAGGUUUUCUUUUUGAGGGCGGAGAUGAUUAUGCAGAAGUCAUCUAUAGGGAUGAUGAUGAGGAGGAGAUGGAUAGUACAGGGAUGCCAGGGAGUGGCAUUGGAGAAGCGAUGGGAGGCAAUGAACUGCUCGAGCCACAUAGAAGUGCGAGACUAAGACAACUUUAUGAAGAAGAAGAAUUCGAUUCUGAAGAAGAGGAGUUUGAUGAUGCUGAGGAGAUGCAUUCAGAUGAGGAGCAUGACUAUUGA